AUGUGGGGUGAGAUUUUCUAUGCUGUCGUCUUGUUCGCUCUUCAUUUUCAUUUUUCAAGUUUCCGUUUUUAAAGACAAUUUCAGGUCGUCGGUCGGGGCAAAUGGAGAACGAGCAGCAGCAGCCUUCUUCAACUUCGGUGUGCCGAGCGGGUUGUGGGUUCUACGGUUCCUCUGCUACUGAGGGAUACUGCUCGAAAUGCUUCAAGGAUACCAUCAAGCGUACGCAAGACACUGCGCGGUUAUCUUCUCCAGGUUAUUUUCGUUUUUUUAAAUGUCUUUUAUAAUUCUUCUUUUGGAUAUGUAACUCAAAUUUCAUAAUCAUUAGUAAGCUCUAACAGAAAAAAGCAAAAAAAUAAAUAACAAACUCACGUUUUUAUCAUGAAUUUAUUUGACAGUACAUGUAAUCAUUUCGUUGGAAAUUGAAAACAGGCGAUCGAGAAUUUUUCCAAGCCCAGAACUGCGCGUUCACAUACUCCGUAUAAUAUUUCAAACUUUUUUAUUGCAGUUUAUUUUUUUUUCCGAGUCUUCGGCUCCGAUGUUUCUAUUAAUAUUUAAUUUAAGGAUUUAAGUUUUUUUUAGGUAAGCGCCAUUUUUAGUAUCACUCACCCUAAGUGUGUUGGGCAAAAAUUUUUGUAUAAAGUUUAAAAAAAGGAGGUUUUUUUCAAUUUCGUUGUAGGAAACUCACACCAGGAGCAAGAUAAACACUUAGGAAACGCAGAAAAAAAUAAUUCUGAUUGAAAAAAAUUGAGGAAGUUUGACGUUAAUAACCUUCCAAUGAAUACAAUCCUAUUUAGAACCGCAAUUUCGUUUUCAUUUAUAAAAAUGAAUAGUUACAGUUAUGGCUUCUAUGAUGGCAACAUCUUCGAACAACGAAUCCCCCAUAACACCUGAACUGGAAUCUUGCGCAAAGGCUGCUUUGGCAUCUUCUGAAGUGACAGCCAAACUCGAAAGUGAUGAAGCUGUUAACAUUCUCGCGAAUCCCUCCAGUGCUUGGUAAUAUUUCAGUUAUGCAUCACUUGUAGAUUUCUUGUUACGACCGGCUCAACAUUUUUUUUUAAUACUUUUUUUUCAUUUGUUGUUUGCAGCAAUGCGGAAAGCAUUAUUGCCGCGCCUUCAAACGGGUCGGACGUAGUUGCUCCUGUUAAAAAAGCAAAUCGAUGUGCAUCAUGCAAGAAACGGGUUGGAUUGACAGGUAAAUUUUGGUGGUUUUAAUAUACUAUGAAUACUGCGAUUUCAAUAUUACGGAAUACAAUUUUCAGGAUUCACAUGUCGGUGUGGCGGACUUUAUUGCGGAGAACAUCGCUACGACAAAGCGCACAAUUGCCAAUUUGACUACAAGACGCACGAGCGGGAAGCGAUUCGCAAGAAUAAUCCUGUGGUUGUAUCGGAUAAAGUGCAGCGAAUCUAA